AUGCCCAGAUCUUCUAACCCAGUCUACGAGGGCCGACCGUUCCUCUCGUCGAGGCGGCGACCGCGCCCGCCGCAAGCCUGCUCCUCGUACGAGCAGGUGGAUGCCAUCAUCCUGCAGCUGAAGCUGCCCGUCAGGAAGAGCGGCCGUCUUCCAUCGGCCAUUGGCCCGGCGGCCUUGGCCACUCAUCUCAGAGUGGCCAUCAGAGAGACUGCUGGCCUCGGCGGCCCUACUGCCUCCGCCCCUCCAACCUCUCCUCUCAGCCCGCUUCCGACCCCGAACCCCCUCGCUCCCGUUUGA